AUGAAUAAAUACAUAGUAUUGUUGAUACUCUUUGGAGUAUGCUUUAGUUCUAGUUUAUCAAAUUAAGAGAAAUUCUUUUGUAAAUAAUGUCAUAAGUUUGUCCAUACAAUCUAAAAGGUUGAAAAUUUUUGGGAUAAGUCAAUUGUUUGGUUUUUGGAACUUGUUGCAGAAGGAAUCUGUGCUUAUGCUAAAAUAGAAAAGCAUUCAGUAUGUAAAGGUGCAAUUCAUGAAAUGACACCUGUAAUAUUUGAAGGAAUUCAAACUAGAUACUUAGAUGAAGAUUUCAUUUGUCCUUUAAUUAGAUGGUGUCCAAAAGUUUAUGAAGAAUUAAAACUUGAAGAUUAUAUUUCUAAUAUUUUAAAAGAUAAACCAUAAAAUACGAGAUGGCCAGAAAUAGAUGGAACUGAUACAAUUGAAAUUAUACAUGUUAGUGAUAUUCAUACAGAUUUGUUAUAUAAAGAAGGAACUACAUAAAAUUGUGAUGAACCAGUAUGUUGUAGAGAAGGACUUGAAGAAAAAAGUUACAAUCGUAAAAAAGCUGGAUAUUGGGGAAGUGAUAGAAAUUGUGAUUUACCAGAAAGAACAUUUGAAUAAUUUGUAAAUUUCUUAAAAACAGAUGUUAUUAAUCCAAAUAAAAAAACAUUUUUAUUUUGGACUGGAGAUAAUGCUCCACAUGAUGUUUGGAAAUAAGGAAGAGAAUAUAAUUUUUAAAAUUCUAGAAGAAUUACAGAAAUUUUUAAAAAAGCUAAUUUGGGUGUAACAAUAAUACCUUAAGUUGGUAAUCAUGAAAUGUUUCCUGUUGAUCAAUAUGAUUAUAUGACUGAUAAGGAUAGUGGUUUAAGAGUUGAAUUUUCUAAAAUGUGGAAAGAAUGGCUUGGAGAUGAAACUGCAUAAUUUUUUAGAGAAAAUGGGUUUUAUGCAUUAGAAUUUGAUAAUUUUAAAGUUAUUGCUUAUGAUUCUUAAGUUUGUAAUCCUGACAAUUGGUACCUUCUCAAAGAUCCAACUGAUCCAUCAGGAUUUUUAGAAUGGGCUGAAUAAGAAUUGAAAAAAUCUGAAUUAAAAGAUUAAGCUGUUUAUUUUAUGGCUCAUAUUUAUACUUAAGAAUGUUUAGUUCCUUGGGCUAGAAGAUUUAAUGCCUUAAUUGAAAGAUAUUCUUAUAAUGUUAGAGCAUAAAUAUAUGGACAUGCUCAUGGAGAAUUCUUUAAUUUAUAUAAAGGUUAAAAUGGAAAACCAAUGAAUAUUGCUUACAUUAGCUCUUCAUUAACAACAUAUAAUAAUAAAUUACCAAGUUUUAGAAAGUUUAUUGUUGAUGCAAAAACUAUGAUUCCUUUAAAUUAUUAUUAAUAUCGUUUAGAUUUAGAUAAAUAUAAUUAUAUUGGAGAAGGUGCUAUUUUGAAAUGGGAUAUUGUAUUUGAUUUUCUUACUGAGUAUGGAGUAACAAAAAUGUAUCCAGAAGAUUUACAUGGAAUAACAGAGAGAUUAUUUAAUGAACCUGAAUUAUUAAAGAAAUUCGAUUUCAAUUAGAAUUCAGGUACUGGAUUAGCGUUUGAUGAUGUAUUAAAUAUUUAAUAUUUGUAGGCUCUAGAAUAUUUUUGUUUGUUAAAUAAUUCCAUUAAGGAUGAAUAUAGAGUAUGUAAAGGUUAUGUUAUGAAAAAAUCAUGGACUGAAUACAUUUCCCCAGGGUGGAGAAAAAGAAUUGAUAAUCCUGAAAAGAAUGAUAAAAAGAAAAAAACUAAAAAAAAAAAGUAGUAGAAAGAAUGAUUUAUAAAAUAAG